AACAUUCAGGGUCACUUGGGUGAGGACAUACUUCAAGAUCUAAUCAACUACUGCCUGAGUUACAUUGCGAAGAUUAAACUGCCCAAGAAAAGGGGCACUUUUAUUGAGUUCCGAAACGGGAUGUUAAAUGUGUCUCCCAUUGGCAGAAGCUGUAGCCAGGAAGAACGAAUUGAGUUCUAUGAACUUGAUAAAAAGGAACAUAUAAGAGAGAAAUUCGUAGCUGAUUUACGAAGAGAAUUUGCAGGAAAAGGCCUCACGUUUUCUAUAGGAGGCCAGAUAAGCUUCGAUGUGUUCCCAGAUGGCUGGGAUAAGAGGUAUUGCUUGGGAAUCAUUGCCAACGAUGGAUACAAGACUAUUUAUUUCUUUGGAGAUAAGACUAUGCCAGGAGGGAAUGACUAUGAAAUUUUCACAGACUCCAGAACAGAAGGCCACAGCGUCACAUCCCCACAGGAUACAAGAAGAAUCUGUGAAGAGCUGUUUUUUAAAUAA